AUGUCUCUGAACUUGUAAGCUUCAAUCAUAGUGACUCUGAGGACUGUCAACUUCUCCUAGGGCAGAUUACCCCCCAGUGCGCCAAACGCCAUAGCUCACUCGUUUAGCUACGGAAUCGAGUGAUUCAACUUUCAGUGGAAAGCUGACACUGCCAGCUACAACAUAUCCGAUUUUCAGAUCGUUUCACCGAUUGGAGUUUUUGAUAUAGCUAUUCGAAGGUCGCGAGUUUUCUGGGCGUCAUAACGAAGUGCUGCAGAAAUUUCCAAGGAGCCAUUGAAUCAUCUGCUUAUAGCCUUCUCUAACCAACAAGUGGUAUCAGAGCCUAUUAUCACGCAUUUGGGACCUAAAAUACGAUGGGAGAUAAAGAGGACUCUGGUGGAGGUGAUACUUCAGUCCAAGGAGGCAGCUCAACCCAAGAUUCUGGCAUUGCAGCGCAAAGGGGAGCGCGUACAAGCCAGGGGUCACUGCUUAAGGAGGUGCUGAAGAACUUCACCAUUGAGAAGUUCUCUGGAGAUGGCUAUGAUGAUUGGGCAUGGAAGAUGCAGCUCUACUUUCGACAAAUUGGCCUCUUGAAGCUCAUGAUUGGAACGGAGCCAAGGCCAAAGGAAAUGGCAGAGCAAGCGGACUGGGAUGAACGUUCAUCUGCUGGGUACUAUCUACUGUCACAAAGCUUGGAGCUGAACCAGAGGCAUCACAUCAUGCAUCUGCUACCGGAAAUUGAUUGUGGGCCCAAGGCAUGGGCAGUGCUCAAGGACCUGCACGCUCCGACAUCGGUUGCCGCUUCUCUCAUGCUGGAUCGGGAGCUGUCCAUGCUGCGGUUGAGCGAGAAUGAAGCUGUGCAGCCCGUACUGGACAAGAUGAGGGAACUCUACGCGAAAUUGGCGAUUGCAGGCAUCACGUACCCAGAGCAGACAAAGUGUCUCAAGAUGCUCAGCCUGCUGCCGGAGUCUUGGCUGCAAUUUAUAAGCGGACUCAGCUUGCCACAAAACCAAAGUCAAUGGACAUUGGAGUGGAUUCGCACCAAGAUUCUGGAAGAAGAUUUUCGUCGCUAUACACUGCGCGGAGGUGAUGACAGCACCAGCGGCUAUGCCAUGCAAGGGACAUGGAGGGAUCGAGGGCGUGGCAAUCGCGGUCGCUCUUACCACAGCCAAGGUGGUCGCGGGACUUGGAACCAGCGGGGGCGUGGUGGCGCUGGUGCAAGAGGAAGAGGUGGUCACUCCAACAAUGACAACAGUGAACCACGCUUGAGGGGAGAGUGCUGGUAUUGCAAGGAAGAAGGGCAUCCAUGGUUUCGCUGCCCUACCAAGCCCGACUGGUGGACCCCUUGGAACCAAUCGGAGAAGGGGAAUGGAGGAAAACAACCACAUGGAGGUGCCAACAUGGUAGCUGAUCCUGCUGAAGAAACCUCCAAGGAUGACAGAGGAAUGCGAAAUGAGGAGAGGAAUGCUGGACAGUUCUACCAUGUGUGUGACAAAGAUGACAGUGGCACAGCUGUUGCAAGGGCUGGAGAGGAAUUGCACCCGCUUGACAUGUGGGUCAUGGACUCUGGUGCUGCAUGGACAAUGACACCACGCAAGGACUUGCUGGAUGCUGUGCGAGCGCCUCCAAUCUCUGAAGUGCGCUCAGCAUCCGGACAUGCAGUGAAGGUCGCUGGAGUUGGUCGAGCUGCAUUCAGAGCACCUGAUGGUGGACUGGUUGUGCUGAAGGAUGUGUUACUCGUACCGGGGCUGAAGGCCAACCUGAUAUCGCUGCGCAAGCUAGGCCAGGCCGGAGUCAGCACCACCACCAAUGGAUCCAAAACAUUCAAGGGGCUGCGAGGAGAUCGUGUGUUAUGGGAUUUACACGAAAGCAGAGAUGUCUUCAGAUCCAUGUGGCAGAUCCCUGCACUGAUAUGGGAAUCAACAAAGAAGGAGUUGGGAGAAGUAAAGGCGGGUUCUGGAGUCCAGGGGGAGUGUAAUGCAGUUAGUGCUGCAGGAGUGACGGUUUCUGCAAGGUCGGGGGAGACUGAUUGGGAAACCGCACACAGGCGUCUAGGGCAUGUGGCUAUGCCAUUGCUGCAGCAACUGCAUAAGGAAGAAGCAGUAAAGGGGCUCAAGCUUUCUGGGCAACCAAAUGCUACCAAGUGCGAGACGUGUCUGCUGAGCAAGUUCACACGGUUCCCCUUUCACGGCGUAGCUGGGAAAAGCAAGGCAGCACUGGAACUGGUGCACAUGGACCUCGUAGGACCUUUUCCAGUCCGAGGAAGUAAGGGGGAAAGGUACUUCCUGACAAUAGUUGAUGACUGGAGUCGGCUGAUGUGGGCAUACCCGUUGAAGCAGAAGGAUCAUGCUGCCUCAACAAUACGAGAUGAUUGGCUGCCGUUCGUCGAGCGACAAUCUGGGCACCCAUGCAAGAGCAUCAGAACCGACCGAGGUGGAGAGUUUCUAGGAGGAGAUCUGACUGCGUGGCUCAAGAAACAAGGCAUUGAGCAUCAGCUAACGACGUCCUAUACCCCUCAGUCAAAUGGCGUUGCUGAGAGGGCUAAUAGGACCAUCCUGGAAACUGCGCGAGCGCUGCUGAUCGAAUCAGGGCUGGGGAACUCCAUGUGGCCUCAUGCGGUGAGGCAUGCUACAGUGGCAAGGAACCGCGUACUCACAAAGGUGGCUGAUGAUAUGUGGGUGCCGCUGGAGAGGUGGCUUGGAAAGAAGCCUCCAGUGGACAUGCUUCGAGUGUUCGGAUGCAUGGCAGUGGCGCAUGUCCCUAAACCGUACAGGACAAAGCUUGGAGCAUCUGCACUUUGGUGUGUGCACCUUGGGCUUGCGGCAGAGAGCAAGGGGUGGCUACUCUGGGAGCCCUCAAAGAAUGUGCUGUUUGAUAGUCGGGAUGUCAAAUUUGUGGAGAACAUCAUGUAUGGCAAGUGGGAGAAGCAGCCGGAGGCAAGGGUCACCCAGCAGCUGGAAGAGAUCACUAUGCACUUCGAUCUGUCCGAACCUGAGGACAGCGAAGUCACUGCGCCAACGGCAAGCGGUACUGAUGAAGGAAGCAAUGAGGAUAUUGCAGCUGAUGCUGAAGUCAAGGAUCCGGAGCAGCAGCAGCAAGAGGCUUCCAAAACACCAAGUCUGUCAAAGCGAAGGAAACAGAUUGGUGGGGGGACAAAGGAUUGGGUGAAGGUGAAAGAAUGGGUAAAUCCAACCAUCUACCCUGCACGUACCAGAAUGGCAAUGAGAAAGCUGUUGAGCUCCACAAGUGGAGGAGCCACAACUGAGCAGCAGGAACAGGCUCAAGGCGAAGAUGCAGUGCUGUUCUUGGGUGAUGACCAAGAGUCAGAUGACAAGGAGCCUGCAUACUGCUUUUACGCACCAAUACAACCUCCGAGCAUGGAUCAUGCGCUAGCCGGGCCUCAACGGGGGAAGUGGCUCGUUUCAAGAGAUGCAGAGUACAACAGCAAGAUGGAGAAUCACACAUGGGACCUGGUGUACUUGCCAAAUGGGAAGAAGGCAAUACAGUGCAAGUGGCUGGCAAAAAUCAAGACGGAUGAGAAAGGAGAGCCAUCAGUUUACAAGAGCAGGCUGGUGGCAAAGGGGUUUCAGCAGAAAGCGAAGGAAGAUUACAAAGAAGUGUUUGCCCCAACUGCUAAGUCUCCAACGCUACGUGUGCUGCUGGCGGUAGCUGCUGUGCGCAAAUGGAAGGUGAAGCAGAUGGACAUCGUAACCGCUUUUCUGUAUGGCAUUGUGGAAGAGGAGGUAUACAUGGUUCAACCACCUGGCUAUGAGGAUGGAACCGGUCGUGUCUGCAAACUUAACAAGGCCAUCUAUGGCUUGAAGCAGGCCCCGAGAUGCUGGUACAACAGGCUGGCCAGUGCACUGGAAGGGAUUGGAUUCCGUGCGAGUGCAUGCGACGAGAGCCUAUUCCUGAUGAGCGAGGGGGAGUCGCUUGUGCUUCUGCUGGUGUACGUGGAUGACAUCCUGCUCUUCAGCAGCAGUGACAAGGAGAUCGAUGGGGUGCAGCGGAAGCUCACAGAGCAGUUCAAGUGCAAGUCACUUAGAGAGGCAAGGUACUACCUGGGAAUGCAUAUUGAGCGGGAUACUGAACGUGGCUGGCUCAAACUGCAUCAGGGACAGUACAUCAACACCUUGGCUGAGAAGUACUCUCUGCAGGAAGAACGGGAAGUGGUCACACCUUUGCCUUCCGAGUUCAAACUCAUAAAGGCAGCUGAAGGAGAAGGAGUUGAGAGUGAAGACCAGAGGCAAUUCCAAUCCAUGGUCGGGAACCUACUCUACGCUGCUGUGCAUACUCGGCCUGACAUCAGCUUUGCUGUGGGACAGCUGGCUCGAGUAGUGCAAAAUCCAACAGAAGAGCAGUGUGGUGCAGCGAAGAGAGUGGUGCGCUACCUCAAGUCAUACCCUACAGUGGGAGUACAGUAUUCAGCCUCUGCUCAACUCAGUCAAAAAAGAAUUGAAGUCCUCAAAGAGAAGGGGGAGCAGCUCGGAGAAGGAAAGGUGUUCCUUUCCUGUUUUGCUGAUGCCACGUGGGCUUCUGAGCAUGAGGAUUCAUCAUCAGUUGGUGGAUACAUCUGCAUGGUGGGAGGUGUGCUACGUUGUUUGUAUGGUUUGUUGGGUUUGCAUGUCUUUGCAUGUUCAUCUUGUGCUUGUGCAGAUGUGCUUGGAUUGUGCCUGACAUCGAGCACAUUCCAACGAGCCAAGAAUUGUUGGAAUCGGAGCACAUAUGAAGAAGUUACGAAGAAAUGUUUGAUGGAUUUGUUACAACUCAUUGGAAGUCCUUGUCAGCUGCUACACCAAAGCUGGAGAGCCCUAUAACGAGGAGGGACCAGCAUGUGUGAGACUUUUGUCCCCACCUUGCAGCUGCAGCAUUUGGGGUUUGGAGGCCAACCUGGCACAGUGUGAAAUUUGUCUUGCCAGGCUGGCUGAACCUGAGGAUGGGGAGUCAAAACUUUGACUCUUGUCAUGUUCUUGACCAUGGGCCUCCAGGGUCCUUCCCUUUCAUCCUUCACUUCCUACCCCACCUUCCAACUAUGCUUCAAUGCCUUUUCCAUCAUGUCUCUGAACUUGUAAGCUUCAAUCAUAGU